GUUUGAACAAUGUAUCCUUGGGCUUUGAGUGCCUUCCGCCGCGUUCGGUCAAGCUCGUUGUCUUCUCAAACGAAUACAAAUGCACCUAUUUUAGCGAUAUUUUCAUAUAUUGACAACAAACUCAAUUCUAGGCAAGAACCGCAUACGACCUCUCCUCUUCGUUGCUCUUUUUUACCUGAAAAGCGCUCAUUGGUAAAGACCGAUGGAAUGAUAAUUUACCCUUUCUGUAAUCCACACAUCUCACCAGGGCUUUUCCGCAGUACCCGCAUAAAUUUAUUUAUUCCCCCACAGCUUAUGCGUCUCUUGAUGUUGGCGAGCUUCGCCAUCGGGCAAGCGUUUAUCAUAGCCUAUCAUACAGAAAAAAAGAAUAUUGAACGUGAGGAGUCUAUGGAUGGGUCUGAGGGUUCUUAUCCACAAGUCUCGCAUCCUGAUCGCCCGCCGAUGAGCUCGCUGGAGGCUUUGUGCAUAUUAGGCCUUGACCAUCUACGGCCCCGUUUGAAGAACACCUCUUCUCCCUUUUCUUCCCAAAGUAACCUAUUUUUGCCGUUAAAAACCCCAGAAGACCGUGAGAUCGCUCGGCAGAACUUUGAAAGGAUGUUUGCAAUCGCUGUAAAGUACAAUAACCAUUUUUUGGCAGGAAAGCUAAGCGCGGCAUAUCGAAAGUGCGUGGAUCCCACUUGGGAUCACGUUAAUGAUAGUCAAGAAGAACCUCAGGUCGGUGAUAGUCACAAGGAUACGCAUAAUGAUAGUUGACAAAGCGUUCUGGGGAAUAAAGAAUAUUAGCCAUUCCGCAAAAGGACUCUUGAAAAAAGAAAUAUCUUGGGAAAGGAUUCGGAUUUCUGUGCUUGCUUUUUGUUUGAAUUUUUCUUUGAAAAAACUGUCGAGUGAGACAUCAAAGGUUCUUGAACCGAUAAAAAACAAUUGCUAAUAGUUAUCAGAGAAAAUAUGUAAACAGAAAAGACUAUCACAAAA